UGUUGCUGUUAUGUUGUAAGCGGCACCUCCUUGCUGAUGCGUAACUGCUUCGGUGACCGCGCGUACGUUCGCUACAUGAGCAAACUGCGCGCAGCUGAGGAGGCUUGCAGCGCCAAGCCCUACGAACCCACAGCCUUCCAGCCCAAGUAUCAGCCCUACCGCCCAGGCUACUAUCACAAUGGCUUCCAGUAUUUCAACCGCGAGAAAGUCCACGACCUUUCCAUGAAGAUGAGGAUGAGCGUAGCCAACGGCACCUGCGUGCUCCUCGAGAUGGGAUACAUUGACGAGUCGUACAACAUCCAGACGCAGUACAUGAUCGAUGAGAUCAAGGACGUGGGGCGGAUAGACAAGGAGCUCUUGCUGGACUUGGUGAACGGCAUCAAGGACUGCUCAGCGUUCGCGAGCUGCAUGCCGUACGACAACAUGCAGUACCCCAUGACUGCCGGCACGAUGCGGUACCUCAAUUUCAACGUCUGCCGCGAGAACGCUAACCUCUUCGCCUGCAUGAAGAAGGACGUGCGCAGUCGGCGCUACGAGUUCGAGGCCAUCGGACCAGGAGCUUCGUCUGAUCGUCUCACAGACGACGACAAGAUCUUUUCGCUGCUCUGGGCCGAGGCCACUGCAACCAAGAGUUUUAAAAAGUUUUAAUGAUGAUUUGGAGUAAUUUUUCAUGUGUCUGGAUAAUUUCAUAAUAGCAAUGGAAUAUUAAUUACAUUCAAUACAAAGGAUUACUUCGGUUUCCCUAACUUGCAUGAAUCAGGUCACUCAACAUAAAUGUAGCAAAAUUAUUUGAAAUGUUUGAACACAUAUAGAAACCAUUGCAAAUAAAGAUUCGGAUUCCUU